AUGGCGACUGUAGAACCAGUGUACGGUUUCAACAAGACCAGUGGGAACGCUGAAAAGGACAACGCUGGAGCUGAAAAGAUUCUCUAUAAUGAGCAAACCACGUCCAGUCUCGGCAGCGAUUCCGGCGACGGUUUCACCUGGACUGAAGAGGAGGAGAAGGCUGUUCGUUGGAAGCUAGACAAGGUCAUCGUACCAUUGACGACCUUUUUGUACAUGCUCUGUUUCCUGGAUCGUGCAAACGUCGGGAAUGCGCGCAUUCAGGGUAUGGGAGAUGAUCUCAAAUUGGUUGGUGUCCGAUUCAAUUGGGUCACCUCCAUUUUCUAUAUCAUCUACAUCUUUGUAGAAGUGCCCAGCAACAUCCUAUUGAAGAUCGUCGGACCAAAGUACUACCUGCCGCUACUGGUGUGUGGCUUCGGCCUCGUUUCCCUGUGCUCCGCUUUCGUCCACAGCUUCGAAGGGCUGCUAGUUGCUCGCGCUUUCCUCGGAGUAUUCGAAGGAGGUGUAAUGCCUGGUAUUGCCUUCUUCAUUACGUGCUUCUACAAACGAGAAGAACUAUUGCUACGUGUUGGUAUCUAUGUCUCGGCGGCUUCCAUGGCUGGUGCUUUCGGUGGUCUCCUCGCUACCGGUCUUGCGCGAAUCCCGCCGUGGGGUGCUUCGGGGAUGAUCAUCCACGAUUGGCGAAAUAUCUUUUUCUUCGAGGGUCUGGUCACGGUUCUUGUCGGCCUGGGCUCGCCAUAUUUCAUGCCAAAAAGCCCUCAAGAAUGCUGGUUUUUGAACGAGCGCGAGCGCCGAAUCGCAUCACAAAGACUGAUCAUGAAGAACGCUGGCGAUGAGAAUGAGAAGGUUUCGCCCCACCACGUUACUAGGGCGUUCUUGAACAUCAACAACUACAUCUGUGCCUUCGGAUUCUUCUUCAUCAAUAUCACGGUUCAGGGUAUCUCGCUAUUCCUGCCCACGAUUUUGAGAGACCUUGGCUGGACUAGAACACAGGCUCAACUAUACUCGGUUCCUCCCUAUGUAUGCGCUUGUGUUGUUGCGAUCGCGGUCGCGUUCUUUUCGGACAGGGUGAACCGCCGCGGAAUUUUCCUCGCAGCGUUCACACUUCUUGGCAUAACUGGAUUCGCGAUCUUACGAUGGUCGACUAACGCUAACAUUCGCUACAUGGGCGUAUUCUUCAUUACGCUUGGGGCGUUCCCGGGUGGCCCGGGAUUUUUGUCGUGGGCGAUGAACAACGCAUCUGGUCCGGCCGUUCGGGCUGUAUCUGGUGCUUAUGUGGUUACUUUGGGAACUGCUGGAGGUGUUCUCGCUACAUGGGCGUACGUCGCAAGCGACGGGCCGGAAUACCACACCGGACAUACCAUCAAUCUCGCUGGUCAAAUUGCUGUCUUGGUCCUGUCCCUCGCCGGUAUCGCUUACUGCAAGUGGGAGAACAGGCAACGUGACUUGGGCAAGCGCGAUCAUCGUCUAAAUGGCCUUAGCGAGGCUCAGAUCAAGGAUCUUGGGUACCGACACCCAGCUUUCCGCUACAUCACUUGA